GCUUUUUUCCCUACUGAAAUAUUACCAUCUUUCAACACAAUCGUUUGGUGAAUAAAACAGCUGAUUGAAUAAACGGGAAAAGCAUGCUUAGAUUGUGGAAAUGGUACCAGAAUUGUUUAGCGAUUCAUCCAGUUACAACCCAGGUGAUCAGCUCCGGCUUCAUUUGGGGGUUGGGCGAUAUUGCAGCUCAAGCAGUUACUCACUCGAACGCCAUACAGCAAAAGCAUGAAGAACUUAAAGAGUUAAAGAUCAAUUGGAGACGAGUAGCAACCACGACUGUGUUUGGUCUUGGAUUUGUUGGUCCCGUUGGCCACUAUUGGUAUGAAGGUCUGGACCGCAUCAUUAGGGUGCGACUAAAGCUACAGCCGAAUUCCUUCCGCUUUGUAGCUUCAAAAGUAGCAGCUGAUGGUAUAAUCUUUGGGCCCGUGGAUCUGCUUGUGUUCUUCACUUACAUGGGCUUUUCCUCCGGUAAAAAUGCUGCUCAGGUUAAAGAAGAUGUCAAGAGAGACUUUCUCCCAGCCUUGGUUUUGGAGGGAGCCAUAUGGCCAGCUGUACAGGUUGUCAACUUCCGAUUUGUCCCUGUUCGCAACCAACUUCUUUACGUCAACCUGUUCUGUUUGCUGGAUAGCUGCUUCCUUUCGUGGAUUGAGCAACAACAAGAUGCCCCUUGGAAGCGAUGGUUGAAAUCUAGGCUCUCUUUCAAGGAAGAAGGUCAAGGCGGCUGAUUUCUUCCGUCCUUUAUACAGCUUCUCCUCGAGCUUUCUGGUAUGCACCAUUUUUGUUGAUGGAAAUUGAGCAUUAACAUCUUUUAAUGGCGGCUCGUGUAUUUGAAGUGGGCAUUCAUAAAAAAAAUUCCCCCCUCCAACAUGAAGAUGAUGACGAAGAGUUUAGUUCCCUGUCUAUUCUUGUUAUUUCAUUUUUCUUUAAUUUUUUUUUCGUUUUUCCUGAUAAUAAAUUGUUAAACAUGGUAAAGAAAGAUUUGGUAUUGAGAUGAAUUCAUGUUUUUUUUCCUUUCAA